AUGCAGGUGGUGGCGCUCGUGAGCGGCGGCAAGGACAGUUGCUACGCCAUGAUGGAGUGCGUGCGCUUCGGCCACGAGAUCGUGUGCCUGGCGCACCUGCACCCGCCCGCGGAGCUCUCGGCGGACGACGCCGAGAUCGACUCGUUCAUGUUCCAGAGCGUGGGCCACCAGGCCGUGGGGCUCAUCGCGCAGAGCAUGGAGCUGCCGCUCGUCUCGGAGACCAUCACGGGCACGGCGGUCAAGACGGAGAUCGACUACCACGAGUCGGCGGCGGGCGACGAGGUCGAGGACCUGUUCCGGCUGCUGCAGAAGGUCAAGCAGCAGUUCCCCGGCGUCCAGGGCGUCUGCACGGGCGCCAUCUUCUCCAGCUACCAGCGCAACAGGGUGGAGAACGUGUGCUCGAGGCUGGGCCUGACAUCGCUCGGCUACCUGUGGCGCCGCGAGCAGACGGAGUUGCUGCAGGAGAUGAUCGACUCAGAGAUGGAGGCUAUCCUCGUCAAGGUGGCGUCCAUUGGCUUGCAGCCGCGGAGACACCUGGGCAAGACCAUCGCGCAGCUGCAGCCGCAACUCAUGAUGCUGAAAGAGAAGUAUCAGAUGAACGUCUGCGGCGAAGGAGGCGAGUAUGAGACCUUUACGCUCGACUGCCCGCUGUUCAAGAAGCGUAUCGUCAUUGAUGAGAGCCACACGGUGCUUCAUUCGGAUGACUACGUCGCGCCAGUGGCCUUCCUGUCGAUCGAUAAGUGCCACCUUGAGGAGAAGGAGCCCUCGGACCCGUCACAACUGGCGUCUCGGAUCCCGGAGCCUUCAACCUCAGCGAAAGACGUUGUGCCCGCCUUUGGCCGAUUCCGCGACCAAUUGCACCUUUCGGGAGUUAUGAGCAGCAGGGCAGGUGACGGAUCACUCACUCUCGAGGAAGAGAUGGCGGACAUUGUUGCGCAAGUGGAGGUUAUUCUCAAGAGCGAGGACAUGGUGCUUGCAGACAUUUGUUUCGUGCAUUUGUACGUAGAGGAUAUGGCCGCAUUCGGUGAGCUGAACACCGAGUACAUCCGGCAUCUCGGACAAAACUUGCCGCCUUCCCGAAGCUGCGUCGAAGUAAAGGCUCUGGCUGAUGUCCCCGCUCGUGUACUGUUGGACUGCUACGCGUUGCGCGGCAGUGGCAAGCAGAAGUUGCAGCCCUUGCGAGUGCGUCGCGACGUCCUCCACGUGAAGAGUAUCUCAGCGUGGGCUCCGUGCUGCAUCGGACCGUACAGCCAGGCCAAUGUGCUGCACAGAGCGCUUAUCCUACUGGCAGGCCAAAUUGCGCUGCACCCUCAGACGAUGAACCUCGUGCCAGGGGAUCACUCUGUUCAAACGACCCAGUGCUUUCGCAACGCAUGCCGUGUGCUGGAGGCACUUCAGUCGAACCUCCGUCACGUGUGCUCUGGUGUGAUCUACACCACCGGAAACCCUGACGACCGCGAGGCUUGUGAGCGCCUGCUACUUGAAUGUCGCCGCCACCUUAUGACUAACGCCGAAUUGGAGGACGAGUUCGAGUCUGUCGACGACAGCGAUGAGAGCGACGAGGAUGUCGAUAAGGACGAAGCCCUCGUGGAGUUCGUGAAGGAGGCGCCGCUGCUAGUCGUGCAGCUCUCUCGUUUGCCGCGAAAUGCUCUCGUGGAAGUGGAACUUCAGGCCCUCACUCACAUCGCGCUCAAGUACCUGGUUCCGCGCAGCCUUACUAGCACGAGUCACUCCAAGAACCUGCGCUUCGACUGGCAGAGCGCUAUGGUUCCGCGAGCGCUGUGCCAGAUCAUGUGCACCGCGUCAGCUCUCGCAGAGGGGAUCUGGACGUGUGUACUGGACAGCCUGGUACAAGCACUGAUGCCGUGGGACCGCGUCAUUCACGUGCGCACAUUCUACGUGGCAACAGCCUUCUCGAGUGAGGCGGAGGUGGCCAAGGCGUACUACGACACUGUUACUGCACGGGGCAAGGUCAACAGCAUGCCGGGUAUGACGUUCGUGCCUGUGGAUGCCAUCCAGGGUGAUGCAGACAUCGCGUUGCAGGUGAUGGCCCAGGACCUGGAUAAGCUGGAGACCGAGCUCUGGCUGCACAAGCAGAUUUGA